GAAAAAAUUUAUUGAUUAAUUACCGAACAACAAUGGCCACAUAUAAUGAUGAUGAUGGUGGCGAUGAUGGUAAUGAUAAAAAAACAGAUAAUAAUUCGAACAAAAAUGGAUCGUCAUUAUCAUCUGAAAACAAUCAUACUGUCAAAUCUUCAAAAUGUGAUAAAAUGACAAAAAUCCCCUGGAAAUUUUUACUUAUAUCAUUAGUGAUUUUAUUCUGUGCAUUAUUAAUUAAUUAUCAUGAUGAAAUUUUCAAAGUUCAAAGCAAAAAUGAUCAAAAGAAACAAAUUCCUAUAACGACAACGAUAAAAAGUGGAAUCAAAAAACAAAAACAUAGUCAUACGCGAAGUGCAACAAAAAAAUCUAUUCAAGAUGAUCAUCAUCAUUAUGAUCCUGAUUCUAUGAUACGAUUCAUCGAUAAUAUUCUUAAUUCAACAUUAGAUGAUUUCAUUACCAGUGAAAAUAUUACUGUUAAUUUGACUGAAUUGUCAAGAUUUAAUAAUAAUCAUUUUGCACCACGAAUAUUAUCUUUAGUUAAAUUGGAUCCAUUUAAAUUUGUUAAAUUUAAUCUAAAACGACCUUGUCUAUUAUGGCCAGAUACAUUUUCAUGUACAAAAAUGGGAUGUAACAUUCAAUUCUGUGAUCGAUCAGAAUUGCCCAAAGAAUAUCUUGCUUUCGAUGAAAAUUGUCCAACCGAUUCACCAAAAGAAUUAUCCAAAUUAGAUCAAACAUUGCAGCAGAAUAAUGUUCAUGAAUUGAAUCGUUUAUUUGAAUGUAGUCGUGAUGAUAGUGAACAAUCACAAUAUUAUGAUCUUAUAUUGAAUCCUGAACGUUUUACCGGCUAUGAUGGUAAACCAAUAUGGAGAGCCAUUUAUGAAGAAAAUUGUUUCACGAUGAAAAAACAACAACAGAAUAAUAUUUUAGCGUUAAUCAAUACGAACAAUAAUCUUGGUUGUUAUGAGGAACAUUUUUUCUAUCGUAUCAUCUCCGGAUUACAUACAUCUAUCACUAUACAUUUGACGGCAAUACAUCACAAAUUUGAUAAUCAUUUUGGUCCAAAUCCAAAAGAUUUUUUCAAACGUUUCCAUGGUCAUGAUGAUUAUAUGAAAAAUCUUUUCCUGACAUAUCUUAUUGAAUUACGCGCAUUAUAUCGAAUCCGGCCAUAUUUAUUGGAUAAAAUUCAAUGGAAUUUGAUUGGAGAUCAGGUACAGGCAAAAGAUGCCAUCAAUGCAUUGCUUAGUACUGAAAGGUUAUUUCGAUGGCAUUUUGAUGAAAAAUUAAUAUUUAAACGUCAAUCAAUUGCCGAACAAUUGGGCUAUGUAUUUAAUAAUGUAACAUUCAAUAUAAUGGAUUGUGUAUCCUGUGACAAAUGUCGUCUUUGGGGUAAAGUACAAACAAAUGGCCUUGGUACGGCAUUCAAAAUAAUGUUGACAAAAGAUAUUGAAAAAUUACGACUAAGUCAUCAUGAAAUUACCUGUCUUUUGAAUGCAGUAAGCCGAUUAUCAUUUAGUAUUACACAGAUAGCUAAUUUUCGUGAUAUAUUUGAACGUGAACGUACAUCCGGCACGAAUUUUAAAGACAAAAUAGAUAAUAAUAUUGCUGCUGGAGUUGGUUCAUUUGCCGAUUUUAUCAAAUAAUGAUCACCAAUUAUUCAUUCAUCAAUUAUUUAUUAUUUUGUUUCGUUUGCGAUUGUAAAAAACAAUGUGAUUUUUUAAAUUUAUUUUGAAUUUUCAUAUCUAUCUCACUCAAAGGAAUCUUAUAACUCUGUUUCCCAGUUCAAAACACACACACAAAAAAUAUAUUUUUUAUAAAUUUAUUCAAUGUUCCGGUAUAAAAGCAAA